CGGCUGGGCAGGGCAGGGCCCCCCGGCGCCCCCCGCACCCUCCCGGGGCUGUAAGGAGGGCGCUCCGGCUCCUGCCCCCGGCGGCGCUGCCCGGGGUCGUGCGCGAGCUGCCUUUGUUUGCAAGGGGCUGAAUUUUUUCAACCAGUUUGUGUCGCCUGUCAAGAAUUUUCAUGUGACUCUUGGAAACCUGCUGCAAAGUCAUCCCUAUUUGCUAUUCAACCCCGUUUUCUUCUCCCUUUAGCAGGUUGAAGUUCAUGAGUUCGCCCAGCCUCAGUGAUCUGGGCAAGAGAGAGCAGGCAGCCUUGGAUGAGCGGGGGACCCAGCAGCGCCGGGCCUGCUCCAACGCUACCUGGAACAGCAUCCACAAUGGAGUGAUAGCGGUGUUCCAGCGCAAGGGUCUCCCGGACCAUGAACUCUACAACCUCAACGAAGGAGUCAGGCAAUUACUGAAAACAGAACUGGGAUCCUUUUUCACUGAAUACCUGCAGAAUCAGCUGCUCACAAAAGGCAUGGUGAUCCUAAGGGACAAGAUCCGGUUUUAUGAAGGGCAGAAACUACUGGAUACCUUAGCUGAAACCUGGGAUUUUUUCUUCAGUGAUGUCCUGCCCAUGCUCCAGGCUAUUUUCUAUCCUGUGCAGGGGAAGGAGCCCUCGGUCCGGCAGCUGGCCCUGCUGCACUUCAGGAACAUCAUCACCCUCAACAUAAAGCUGGAAGAUGCUUUAUCCCGUUCCAGAGCCAGAGUUCCACCCUCUAUCAUUCAGAUGCUGUUAAUACUCCAGGGGGUCCAUGAGUCGAAAGGUGUGACUGAAGAUUACUUGAAGCUGGAAUCCCUGAUCCAGAAGGUCGUGUCUCCUUACCUGGGCACGUACGGUCUGUACUCCAGCGACGGACCCUUCACGCACUCUUCCUGCAUCCUGGAGAAGAGGUUCUUCAGGCGCUCCAAGUCGGGCGACGUGCUGGCCAAGAACCCCGUGGUGAGGUCCAAGAGCUACAACAACCCUCUGCUGACGCCCGUGGCCGAGUACGAGACCGAGGGCAUGGCCUCCAACGGCACCGGCAUCCGCCGGCACUCCGUGUCCGAAAUGACCUCCUGCCUCGAGCUCCAGGGCUACUCCAACCUCACCACCAUCAUGGACAACGGCUCCAAGAGCUCCGUGACGACCACCAAGAGCUCCCUGUCCGGGGAGCAGGAGCGGCCCGGCGCCGGCUCGGGGCAGUGCUCCGGCAAGCUCGGCGCGGCCGAGCAGCAGAAAGGACUCUUCCGCCCCAUGGACGACCCACACAGGCCUUUCGAGCUGGACAGAGACCCUUCCUUGAUUCCAGUUCCCUCUUCCAGCCCCGAGAACAUAGUGGAUCAGAUUUUGGAGUCGAUCGACUCGGAUUCCGAAGGCAUUUUUAUCGAUUUCGGCCGGGGCUGCGCCAAUCCCUCGGCGUACAACGUGGACGUGAACAGGCAGGGCAUCAUGUGAAGGAGGCCGGGAGACAAACCUUGGGUUUUAGUAUUAUAUAUGGAAGUUACUAACACGAGGAGUCAGCUGUUUGUUCCAGGGCAGAACCUCUGCUGUAGGUCACCCACAGCUCUGCUGAAGUGAAGAAACACGAGUUUGCAGCAGGCAGGAAUCUGCUGUGAGAAGGGGAGAAACUCCGACCGCUUCUCCCUGUCACUCUGCAGUCGGAUUUCCCGUUGUCUUUAUGAACUUGGGGGGUUCAGGAGCUGGCAAGUGUCUGGUAAAAUGCUCUCAGAGCAGCUGGCAGUGUUUGUUCAGUAAAACAGCCCAGCAAAUAGCUGUGCUCACUUUUCAUUUUCUAAAGAGAUUUCCUGCAGACAACGGGUUGUUCUCUGAACUGUAACACCUCAGCCAGGGUGAAAACAUAUCCUUUAAAAAAAAAAAGCAAACCAACCAAACAAACCCCAGAGGCUGUGGGCCUUUAUUACCACAGAAUACAGUGAUAAAGAAGUCUCUUUUAAUCUUUCUCUUGUACAUCUUGUAUGCACUCCUUGGCCUGAUGGUGAGUGAGAGUUCUUGAAGAAAGGCGAAUAAACAGAAAUGUGCUUCCUGAUGU